CUAUGGUGAAUUCAAAAUACGCGUUGUUGACGUUAUGGAAUUGAAUGAAUUUGAAUUGAAUGAAAGAAGGUUGAAGUAGAUCUGAGCAUCCUGCAUCAUGAAGCCUCUACAUACCUGAGAAAAUAAGCUGUAAUACAUUAGAAGUUGAAGCCAGCCAGCUAGUCACCAGAUCCCACCACAGCUGUCUGCUGAGCCGCUCAGCCACUCCAGCCAUGCUGCCUCCCUCGCCUCCGCCCGGCACAAACGGCACCACCGGCAGCGGCGGGAGGAACAGCAAUGGAGAGCUGCGUCCCCUGCAGGCAGUGCUGGCCGACUCCGCGAACGGUGGUGUCGUGCCCGUGGUCGUGCCGGCAGACGAGGUGGACGCCCUGCCGGAGAAGAUGCAGUACACCUACAAGGACCUGGCAGUGGUGCUGCUGUCCAUCGUCAGUUUCCUGGUGGACACGGGGACGGAUGUGUGGGUGGCGGUGCAUUUCUACAGGACGGAGAGGAUGUACGAGUUCGCGCUGACGCUCGUGUUUAUCCUGGUACCGGCGCUGACCAUGACCGGCUUCAGUCUGCGAUGGUAUCUGAACGACGCGGACCAGGGCGGCGGCGGCGCGGAGCAGACCGAUUGUCCCGGCUCGCCGUCACCGACCCGGCCCCGGGUGCCGAUGUGGAAGUGGAUCCUGCGCAUCAUCUGCCUGACUCUGCAGCUCGGGCCGCUGCUCAGGUAUAUCGAGGCCAUGGUCUACGGCAUCAAGAGCAUGCGCGCCAAGCGGGCGGGCGACCGUGCGGGCCACAUCAAAAACUACAUCUACAUGAUCUACAAGGACGCGGACGCCACACUGUUGCGACUGUUCGAGUCAUUCAUGGAAUCGGCCCCGCAGUUGGUACUUCAGCUGUACAUUUUGGCCAGUGAGCACAAUCGCUUCAAGCCGUCGGAGCCGCUGAACAUCACCCUACAGGUAGCGGCGGUGGGUACCAGCCUGUUCUCCCUGGCCUGGUCUCUGUGCAGCUACCAGCGCUCGCUGCGCUACAGCCUUCCGGCCAAGAACAACCUCUCCACGCCGGCCACCGUGGUGCUCUUCUUCUGGCACCUCUGCAGCAUCGGCUCACGAGUUUUGGCCAUCAGUCUGUGCGCCUCGCUGUUUCCCGUGUACGUGGCCAUCGGACUGGUCGUUCACUGGGUGCUGAUGACCAUCUGGCUCAUCUGCCAAAAGACCCAGGCGUGCUACACUAAGUGCGAGGAGAUGCUGUUUGUUCUCGUCCUGGGCGCCGUCUACAUCUUCACCUUCUUCAACGUCAAGGACCAGACGACGCGGCUCAAGUAUACGCUCUACUACCUGCUCUGUUUUGCCGAGAACACGGCUAUGAUUACCCUGUGGUAUCUGAAUGCCAACCGCACACUCUGGUGGUACCACCCCGGUCUGGCGGCUCAGGUGAUACUGUUUGCUCUCGCCGUAUCGUGUAUGCUAGCCUACUACUGUCGGCUGCACCCGAGCCGCGGCCGAGAGGAACCCUCGGGCAUCUGUGUCACUGGACAGGUGUGCCGUGAUGCUACUCUCGCCCAAAAGUACGGAGCGAGAUUAGAAGAGUGGGCCGGUAACCGCAGUCGCGGGGAGACACCCACGUGUAACAUCCAGCAGCCGGCGGAGGGCGAGGAGCGUCAUGAGACGGAGGACGGAGCGGCGCAGAGACAGUCCCCACCGCCGGCCGUUGUGGUGGCCGGGGUGCCGAUUCACCAGAACGGAAACACGCUAUGACACGGGCGCACGCCGACGCUCUGGGACUCUGAGGAUAAUGCGACGUGACGUGACGUGACGGUUGCGAUGCGUAACGUAAUGUAUUGUGACUGCGGGGCGGCCGUCACGCGGAACGCAUUGUGAAGUGAUAUGACGUGCGAUCACAACGAAAGGACUAAUUCGGCCGCUGGCUUGGCAAUGCGACGGCCAUCCGUAGCUGGCGCUAGUUUCGGUGCAGAAGUUGUCAGCAGAUGUCGCUGGCGAACUCCGUCGACAAGCGCGCUGCUACGGUGGGUGGUAGAACUCUGGACUCCGUCGUGACGGGACGGAGCGGUGCCAGUGGCGGCUGCGGAGUCACGGAAGGGCUUUAACGCGGCGCGUUACACAUACCUCACUGUGAAGUACGUAAGAGUCCGUCCCGUCCCGGCCCGAGGCGGGGGCGGGUGCGGCGGUCGAGACGAUCCCAGUCGUCAGCCUGUCAUGAAUUCAGAUGUAAAUUCAGCUCGCAGAUCGCAUACUUUUGCCGAUGUCGUAUUUGGUUCAUCGCUGCUCCCCCGGGCCGGUUGUCAGGAUUUAGGUAAAUAGGCUAACGUUUAAAAGCUGCACAGUACCUGGGGCUCACAGAUAUUCAUCGAAGCUAUUGGUGCUUUCGAUUCUGCUUUUGCGGAAUUUCUUUACUUAUUAUCGGCGAAGUUGUCUGGCUUGCUUCAAGUUCUCGUCUUCCGGCUGUGCAUUCAGACUCAAUCAAAACAUGCCUGGGCCAUUUGUAUAUUGCUUACACUGCACCACUCCACUUGUUUAAUUAAUGCGAAUUCUUACCAUCAAGGUUCGUCCCGGUAGGGUAUUUGAACAGGGUAUUAUUUCCACCACUUCUGCCAGUUCUCUUUUCACGCUGCCAGUUAGUUAUCCAAAGAUAUAUUUAUUCAAUCCCAUCCACGCAUUUCGUAUUCUCAUUUUUCUUAUAGAUCACCCGUUCCUGUUUUUCGCCUCUAAGCUGUUACGAAGUCUGAUGUGACAGCCUUCCAUCCCAGGGAUGUUAUCUCGCCAGCCCCUUGCAGGUGUGUUCACAAACCCGAGCGGUUGUGCCGCUAUUCACGCGUAGAUCGCGUCGCUUUACCGUUGGAACACGCACGUAUCAGUGUAACUAUGUACCUUUUCUGGUACUACCGCCUUGCUGGGAAAAACUGCACCGCUGUGGUACUAUUUUAUCGUUGUGGAUUACAACUGUACCGCUAGUGUAUCGGUAACUGCAAGGUACACUCGGGGGCAGAUUGAUGUUCCACGACUCCCUACCCAUCGAGCUCCCAUGGCUCAGCACUGGCUGCUGCCAGUGGCAGCACUGGCAGCACUGGCACUGGCAUGCAGUGCUGAGCAGUGCUGAGGGCAGGCAACACUGACAGCAGCCAGUGCUGAGCCAUGGGAUCGCAAGAUGGGUAGGGAGUGGUGGAACAUCAUUCUGCCCCCGAGUGUACCACCAUGGUGCCGCUACAGCGUUUGUGGUGCCCCCAACGCUUUGGUGGUAACUAUCGUACAACUAUGUAUCAAGCAGGUAGCUAUCGUAGCAUGUUCACCGCUUAUGGUACAUACUGCUGUCUACUCUCAGUACACCCCGGUGAUAAAGCAUUCAGUACCUGUCGCGUUGCGCUUGCUGUGCACCCCUCCCCCCAUAUAUCCCCCGACUUGGGGAACGAUAUAGCAAAGCUCCGAUAAACUGGCGUAUCGCCGUUAGCGUAUUUUGGAUGAUCACAAACUAGGUUGGCUAGCAUUCAGAUCUGUAGCGACGGAGAACUAACGCUAGCGAUAAGUUACGGUCAGUUCUCAGUAGUUUUCCUUGCCACGUCACGAGGAUUAGUCUCACGUAUAGUAUGAUAUUGUUUCCACCGGGCAUAUGUGAUAGGUUUAUGUGGCCAACAGAGCGGUUGCUCCGUGUGGUGCUGUUUGGUGUUCGUUUUAUGUGUUCGAAUAUCUGGUUAUUCGUGCAUGUUUUAUGUGUUUCGUAACGCGCACCGAUUGGAUGUUUGGGAACGAGGAGCUGUGAAAGACCGGUUUCGCGAUUGUGGUCGAAACUGCUACUGAUUGAUGUAGUUUCGAUGGGUGUCGGAUGAAAGCGAGUGAGCUGUUUCGAGUUGUAGUAGCCGAUCGCUUUGUGGUGUUUUGUUUAUCGAUAGAUAAACGGGACGGAUGUGUUCUAUGUACAUCGUUCACUCAUGGGCUGGCUGAUAUUGAUCAAACUGAGACCAAACCAUGUAUUUCUGCGGGACGCUUGCAUGAAUAAAUAGUUUGGAAAUAAAA